CGCGUGCGCGCAGGCGCAGACGGGGCGUCGCGCGGCCCCGAGAGGCAGGCCGGUGCUGCGGCUCCGGCUCCGGGCCGCGCUGGAGCCGUCGGAGGCGUCCACGGCCCUGGCCCCACAGCCUCCGGCAGAGGUCCGAAGGAGGGCCCGCCGAGAAAGCUUUCACCAAGAGCAAGGAGGGCUGGCCGAAGGAAAGGGGAUGGCCUAUUUUGCCAAAGAAGUUCGACUUACUAAAAAACAUGAAGAAAUACUAGCACAAAGAUUACUGUUACUUGAAGAAAUGGAGAAUGAUCAUGGUGGCCAGAAGACUGAAAAAAAGGCAUCUUACGUGAAAGCAGCUAGGCUAGCCAGUAAAAGGAAUCAGAGCCUUUUAAAGGAUAUAAGAGCACUAGAAGAGAAACUUGAAAAAAAGGUCCAUUUACGGUCAUAUCCUGAAAUGGUUAAUCUUCAGACUCUGUACUGGGCAUCAGUAGAAGAACAGGCCCCCAAGUGGGAGCAGUUUCUUUCAGGAAGAACACAAUAUCCCAUUGGUGUUAGAUAUCAAAAUCCAGCAGGAAAUGACAUCAAAGAUGCUGCAGAGAGAUAACCGCAAGAAAGAUGUCAUUUUUCCUUGGGGUUCUGAUUCAGAACAUCUGCUCAGGAAAGCAAAACUUAUCUGGACAUUGUAUAAAUCCAAAGGAAUUUGUUCAUCUAAGGGAAUAUAUUAAUGUGUAUUCUGUUACCUUAUCUCUUUGACAGUAGGGAGAAUUUAAAAAUUUACUGGAAAUUUUGUCAAACCAAGAUUGAAAUACAUUACAGUCUUUUAAAAGAA